UUGAACUUGACGUAUUCGUUUAUAAACGUGAAAUAGAAAUUGUGUGAAACGCGUCGAGAAAAGAAAAAAAUAUUAGUUGCGUGCAGUAAACAGUAGAUAUUUAAAAAAAAUGACUUCAAAGUUUUACUACUUCGGCUUCGGGAGCAAUUUACUAGCCAAGAGAAUACACAUACAAAAUCCAACAGCAGUGCGGAUAGGUUCAGGGAAGCUGGAAGAUUAUCAACUAGAUUUUUUUACUAGCUCGCGUACUUGGCUUGGAGCGCCAGCAACAGUUGUGCCCAAGAAGGGCUCUUGUGUAUAUGGAGCCAUAUGGCAGAUUGAUAAUAGCAACUUAAAGGAUUUAGAUGAUCAAGAAGGUGUCUCACACGGCAUCUACGUGCCCAUAACAGUAUCGGUAGUAGCUCUUAGCGAUUGCAAGCCGAUCGAAUGUCGCGCUUAUCAUUUAACAACACAACCAACGGGAGAUGUGAGAAGCAUAAAACAUGAGGAGAUCCCCUACGAUCGACAGCCAUCGAAAACGUAUCUGAAAACUAUUGUGAAAGGCGCCGUGGAGACGCGCCUGCCUUCCGAUUAUGUACAGUGGCUGCGCACCAUCAAACAUAAUGGCAAGAUGGUGGAAGUGUUGGAGAAAAAAUUAGAAUUGCAUGAUGUGGAGCUGUAAAGUGCAUGAGCUCAAGUUAGCGAUAAAAAAAUAUUACUUAAAAAAGUUUAGAGAGCUUAUCUAUUCCUAUUCAGGGUAGAAAUAUAUACUAGAAGCAUUUAUGAGGCACAGAAUUUAUAUUAAAAAAUUAGAUUACUUUCAAGUUU